AUGGGGCGAGACCUGAGUAUCUUCACGGAUGGCUCAAAAACGAAAACAGGGUCAGGAAGCGGUAUCUUCUCCGAAGACCUAAAUAUUAAUAUAUCACUACCCAUUGGUACCUAUAGCACAGUGUUUCAAGCAGAGUGCUUGGGUAUACUUGAGGCAGCCAGAACAAUCGGGAGGAGGAAUGUAAAGGAUUCCCACAUCCGUAUACUAUCGGACAGCAUGUCAGUAUUACAGGCAUUGGAUAGUAACUCGACCACGUCAGGUAUAAUCUAUGAAUGCCAUAACACCCUGAUGCAGGUAGGUGAAAAUAAUGACAUCACACUGCAAUGGAUCAAAGGUCACAACAACACACGCGGUAACGACAAGGCAGAUGAGCUAGCAAGAAGGGGGUCAAGUGUGACGGCUAUAGGGGCCGAACCGAUUAUACCGUUACCUUCUUGCUGGCUCAAAGGCCAAAUUCGACAACGCAUGAAACACAAACAUAUCACACUAUGGUCCGAAAUUGAGGACUGUAGGCAAGCCAAGUUGGCGCUGCCAGAAAUUGAUGCCAAAUUGGCAAGAAUUCUAAUAAAUCUGGACAGACGCCAACUGAGACUAAUAACUGCGGCACUGACUGGACACGGUCCGUAUAACAAACACCUAUUUAAUAUGGGCAUUACCGACAGUCCCCUGUGCAGAGCUUGCAUGGGAACAGAAGAAACGGCUACGCAUGUACUUCUUUACUGUCCAGGUGUAGCGGCUUACCGGGCACAACAUCUUGGCACCCUGAAGACACUUCCGGAGAUCUUCAAGAAGCCCAAAAAGCUUCUGAAGUUUCUGGAGGAGCUUGGGUGGCAAGAGUGA